CUGGCUAAGCAACCGGCGGUGGUAUGCGCUGCAAGCUCAAAGCAUAGCUCUUCCGCACAUCGAAUUCAGUCUUGUUAGCUCGCUAGUCUUGAAAGCAUCGGUUGAGGCGUUUGUGCGCGUCCAGUGCGAAUUGGCGUUUACUUCUAUGUCGUUUUCUUUGUCUCUGUAUGUGAAGUGGUUGUGUGUCUUGUUUAAGUGUCCAGUCCGUGUGUGAGCUUGAUCCAGCGCCGGAAAGAUAGAACCAAAAGCGAACCGAAAGUGUGGUGCUCCUGAAAAGGGAUAAAAAUUCCUAAGAGUGCGAUCCGGUGACUCGUAAAAGCGUAGUGUGACCAGAGUUCAAAUCCAGUUCUCUGGCCGAGCGAUUCAGGAGAGUGAAACGAAUCCGAACGGCAUAAAUUAGCAUCGCGCCAAGCCAGGCCAAGCCGAAUUCGAAACCGUCAGUCGCAGUCGACGCAGCGAGGGACCCCGAGCGAGAGUUCUGUGCGUGUUUUCAAGAUCCAACUAGGAGCAUUUACAUAAAUAUACAGAUAUGGCAAAUUUGAUCACAGUACGUCUGCAGCGAGGCGAAGGUCAACCGUGGGGAUUCCGUCUCCAGGGUGGUAAGGAUUUCUCCUCGCCACUGGUGCUGCAACGGGUAAAUGGCGGCAGCGUUGCCGAUCAGGCUGGUCUGAUGCCAGGUGAUGCCCUAGUCAAGGUCAACAGCACCGAUGUAUACAAUCUGCGUCACAAGGAAGCCCAGGAUGUCAUCAUGGCUGCAGGAAACUCCUUCGAACUAUCAGUGUCCAGAGGUACAGCCUGGAGGCCAUCGGUCACACCAACGGGAUCGAUCCCGUCGCCAUCACCAUCUCUGGCCGGACACAUCACACCAGUGACCAAGACCUCGCUGGCGGCCACUCCACAGCCCGUGCAACACAUUGGAAGCGGACACAAUCAAGCCGCCAAGCCGUUCCUCACCCAACAGCCCCAGGAGCAGCUCAACGGCGGUGAAGGACCCAUCAAGAGCAUUGUGAACAAACAGUACAACACCCCGGUUGCCAUGUACAGCGACGAAACCAUUGCCGAAACCCUGUCCUCUCAGGCGGAAGUCCUCGCUGGAGGUGUCCUUGGUGUCAACUUCAAGAAGAACGAACGCGUCUACUCGCCCGCCAACUCCGAGGUGUACAAACUGCUGCACGAGCAGGGCGACGAUCCGGAACCAGCCCACCAUCAACAUCAACAGCAGCAGCAUCAUCAACAGUCGCAGCAACAAAUUCAGCAUCACCACCAACAACAGCAGUCACAACAGCAACAACAACAACAACAACAACAGUAUCAUCUGCAACAGCAGCAACAACAACAACAACUGCAACAAACCACCAACGUCGUCACAAAGCACGUCAGCGCUCCGGUCGACAAACCACCAGCGGCUACCAAUGGUCUUCCGGCUGGCCAAAACAUUUGCUCCUCUUGUGAUCGUCUCAUUGUCGGCGUGUUCGUGCGCAUCAAGGACAAGAACCUGCACGCUGAUUGCUUCAAGUGUGCCACUUGUGGAUCGUCGCUCAAGAACCAGGGAUAUUUCAACCUGAACGACAAGUUGUACUGCGACAUCCACGCUCGGUUGGCGGCUCUCCAGAGUCCACCACCCGGCACCAACGGAAUGGUCCCGGUCACGAUCACCAAACCCGGACAAAAGUCUGGAGUCCAAGCCAUCUCCGCAGCCCUCAACGCCCAUGCCAAUCUGAACGGUCGCUCGCAGUCCCCGUACGCCACCAACCACCCGCCGCCCCCACCCAUACCGUCAGCAAACACAACGACGACGGCGGCGAUCACUCUGAACGGUAUCGGAAGCAGCAACACCAGCAGCACUCAGUCUCCUUCGCACUCCCGAUCGAGCAGUACGACAUCAUCGAGUGGCUACUGCAACUCGAGUUCCCUCUCGCCGGUUCAAUCGAACAAAGUGUCCCCGCUGCAUUCGCGCACCAGCAGUGAAAACGAACUGAUCCUCGAUCCCUCGACAACAGCGACGACCAAACCAGUGCACCACCAGCAGCAGUUCAGUGAAUUUAAUUAUCUUCCACCGCCGCCGCCCGCACUAUUGGUAGGAUUGUCGCCCACGUCUCCAGUAGGUAACGGCAUGGAGAAUCCAGAAGCUCAGCAGCACUAUCCAGUUGAGGGUGCCGAUCUGGCUACGUUCGGUCCCAAUGGGCUGGCCGCAGCUCAGAAUGGCACCGCCGACUCAACGGAUGCUGUUACGCAAAACGACUAUGGAUUCUUCUACAAAACCAUCGGAGGAGGGGUCAUCCGCAGUGUGUUUCCUCCAGGAGCGAGCGGUCGCUACAAGAACCAGAGCAACAUUGUUCCGAAACCAUUCGGCGGUCCGCUGCCGACGAGCAACCUGGCCCAGGUUCAGCUGCCAUCGUCCUUCCCACCGGUAGCCGGCAGUGUACCAACUCCCUUCGCCGCUGCCAUCACCGGUCAUGCUCCGGCUCCAGCUCCGGUGGUUGCAGCUCCGGCUCCCCAACCGGCGGUCUACCCACCGGUGGUCGCUCCAGCUCCGGUCCCUGUUGUAGCCGCCCCUACUGCUGUGCCAACUCAACAAGACGAUGAAGAGGAAGAAGAAACCGAGCAAGAACAGGUACAAAAACCAGCCGAAUCUCCUGCUCCCUUAUUCACCUGGCCUCCGAAGCGCCCCGAAGACGAAAAUGUCCCUCUCGCCACUCCUAUCUAUAUCCCGGUUCCGGAAACGCAAAAAGUGGUCGUGAAACCGGUUCUCCCGCCUCCGGAAAGGUCUAGAGAAAAAAGCAAAAGUAAAUCUCCACCGGAAGCACAGAAGCAACAGGCGCAAGCAGUACAACAACAACAACAACCAUCCCAAGAAGAAGAAGAGAAACAGCCUUUGAAGAGUGUACAAAGCAAAUCUGCACCGGAACUGAGUAGACGGCGAAGUGAUGCCCAACAGCAGUCACAAUGUCAGGAGGAAGAAAGCUACGAGACUUACACGACUACAAACACCUCGACUUCGGCUUCGUCCGAAGAGUACCAAAUGUAUUCGACUCAAACAUCCCAACCAAUCGUAACGUUGUACGACACACCGAUGGUGGAGAUGGACUAUCCAUUUUCGUCCGGUCAACGCAGUACCCAGGCAAGUACCGGUGCCAUGUCGGACGCUUCGUACACUCAUUUCGUGUUUCGUGAUCCUCCGAUGGAGGUGGAAUCGGUCGAGCCCUCGGUUGAGCCCUCUGUCGAGCCGGAACGGGCAAAAUCCCCCGAAGUGGUUAAGCCGCAGAAGCGGGUGGAAUUUGUCGACUAUAGCCAAGAGCUGGAGCGCUAUCUCAGGGCAGAGAGAGCUUCCAGAGAAGCGGCCGAAAAACAGAAUCAAGUGGAGAUCGAGGAAGUAACCGAAGAAUUCACGAUACCACACUACGAGUUACCCGUGAUCAAAUCUCCCAACCCAAUGCCCAAUCUACCGAAACCGCUUGUUCCUAACCCCGUACCAAAACAGUGGCAAAGUAAGCUGGUUCAGGCCUUGUGCACCGCACCCAAGGAACCGAUUCGCCUUACCGCAGAGCAGAUUGAGGAGGCAAAUUUUAUGAAGUCUCGCAACGAAGCCUACGUUCGUGAGCAACACGAAAGCAAGAUGAGGCAGUUGGAGGCCCUCAAAAGGCAGGUCGACGCUUUGGAACGUCGAUUGGACAAGAAAAAGCCUGAACCAGAACCUGAGCCGUUCCCUCCUCUCGACAUUCCUCGAAAAGGUUCCGUGAUGGCCAGGAUACUCGCUUCCUCCACGACCAAAUCCGAACGAUUCCCCAAAUAUCUCCCAGCUCCGGUCAUACCUCUUCCCGAGGAUUCCGCACCGUAUUUCCCACCUCCUCAUUCGAUGGAACCGAUUCGCGGUGAAAAAAUCUCAUCCAUUCGUGCAUCACCCUUUCUGGAAGCCUUAACCACAGCUCCUUAUGCUCCGUUUCAGAAAUUUGGCACAGAAAUACCAUCGCAAAUGGAAAACAUGCCAGUGCCUACCGGUCGGCUGUCGAUGACUGAGGCGCUGGCAACUGCUCCAGAACGGCCCUAUACACCGUUCACCGAAGUUCUUUUCGAGCGAUCGGAAAUGUACGAGAAGUUGCUGAAAGAGCAACCCUCGAUCCAAGUCGAUCCGGAAAAGAACUAUUCGGCGUUUGCCAGCGUCGGUGGAAAUCGUACUCCGGUGCCAUUCAAACCAAUCAUACCGGAAAUACGAGAACCAGAGCCAGAGCCUGAACCCGAACCAGAACCUGAACCUGUGGUGGAGGAGAUAAAGCCAGAGCCUGAAAAACCGAAGAAGAAACUUCCUCCAUAUCCGAGAAAGGACGCUGGAUCCGACCAUUAUUCGUUGGCACCGAAGAGAGAAACCAACUCUCCACUUCACCAGCCAGCCGAGAUUCCCAACUACCAACGCAAGUGGUACAACCUACCGACGCAGAACCCUCCACACACACCGGAACCGCAAGAGCUUCGUCAGAACGUCCCGUUGGCAUUUGUAGAUACUCAUUCAAAAUCUCAUCUCGCAAAGCCUAUCGCGCAAACUGUAAACACUGUAAAUAUUAGAGAUCAAGUUUCGUUGAAAAAGUCACUACCGUUCACUACCAUCCAAAAUCGUACCAUCCCAGUCAUACAGACGACCCUGGAGGAUGAUGCCGAGUUGGCACAGUACAACAAUGCCCACGUUCGUCUCCAAGCCAAGGGUGUCAUUGAUCGCGGUCAAUCGUUCACUCCGUCGAUGAUUUUGACCAAACACCCGACGACUAUUCCGUACUACCAGCAUCAGCUUGGUUUUGAGGAAUAUUUCGCCGAGUCAAAGUCGUUCGAUGGUCGUCACACGCCCAUCAAGCCGGCUAGAAAGUCGCCGGCUUUCGGACCUCCGCCGAACCCGUUGAAGGCGUUUGUUCCACCAUCGCGUGACGACAUCCCGAACGAGUCGGGCCUCUAUCUAUCAAUGGGUAAGCUAACAGGUGUUCCUUGGUACGCACAUAAAGACCAUGUUCCUGCAGAUAUCCAAGAGAAGAUGAUUCAGCAGCAGCACGGCAUGGGCGUAGGAUAUGGCGUUGCGAAACAGCACAAGACGGUCACCUAUCAGGAGACCCCAAUGAUCAUUCAAACUCAGCAGCGUGGAGAUAUGACCGUUCAGACACGAUCACAGGAGAACACAAUGAGGGAACAGACAUCAUCCGAAAGAACAAUCAACAGCGCAAGUCAGGUAGGAAAUGCUUUAAUUCAAAAACGCACUAGAAUCGUAGAAGAACACGAGCAUUCGCAAACGGCCAAAGCACUAGAAAUUUCAAAGUUUUCUUCCAAAAUAAAGGAAGAUGAAGCUCCUCAAAAAGGAUACGUCGCUCAGCAGACAAGACGGUUCUCAGGACAGGACGAGGCGUUGAACAUCCCAGAACAAUUCCAACUGGAACCACAGGCACCUCAAGCAGUUCAACCUCAACAGCAGGUUCUACAAUCCUUCCCUCCGCAGAUAUCCCAACCGAUCCCCAGCUCCUUUCCGGCUACAGUUGUUUCCCUAGAACCGAUCGACAAUCGGUUCCCUAGCCAGAGUUCACGUAAGCAUAGCGUCCUGCUUCCAAGCACUCAAGCACGUUCGUCAACACCAACCACUGGUUUCAAAGCUCAAUUCAAUGAGUUCAUAGUUUCAUCAGGGCCACCGUCCCCACUGCCAGUGCAGCGUGAGGAACCCGAAACAGACUUAGUACAAUCGUGGCCUCCGCAGUUACCAUCUUUCACCCCCUAUACUAACCCAAUCGCCGAAGUAAGACCUUCGCAACCUGCAGCUCCCCCAGCACCUGCAGCAGUGCCAUCUGCUGCCACCAACGGACGCAGACCCUCCAAUAACAGCAUCACAGGCUUCAGUAACACCAGCAGUAACAGCAAUAUUUUGAGCAGUCAAAGCAAAAAUACUGAUCGAUCUGGUGCUAGUGCAGGUUCCGGCGUAUUCAACAAGGGACGGGCUGCCUGUUCGACCACCGCCCCAACUCGUGGUCGUGGUAUUAUGAACCAGGCCGUGGCCCCCGGUGGCCGUGUUCCAUUGUGUGGCUGCUGCAGUCAGCAAAUCAGAGGUCCCUUCAUCACCGCCCUCGGUCGCAUCUGGUGUCCGGACCACUUUAUCUGCCACAACGGCAACUGCAAACGCCCGCUGGCUGACAUUGGAUUCGUGGAGGAAAAGGGUGACCUGUACUGUGAAUACUGCUUCGAAGAGUUCUUGGCCCCCGUCUGCAGCAAGUGCAACACCAGAGUGAAGGGUGAUUGUCUGAACGCCAUCGGCAAGCAGUUCCACCCGGAGUGCUUCAAGUGUGCCUACUGCGGCAAACUGUUCGGCAACAGCCCGUUCUUCCUGGAGGAGGGCGAUCCCUACUGCGAAGCCGACUGGAACGAACUGUUCACGACCAAGUGCUUCGCCUGCGGGUUCCCCGUCGAGGCCGGCGAUAAGUGGGUGGAGGCCUUGAACAACAACUACCACAGUCAGUGCUUCAACUGUACCAGCUGCAAGAAGAACCUCGAGGGACAGAGCUUCUUCGCGAAAGGCGGUCGGCCAUUCUGCAAGAACCAUGCUCGCUAAGGCACACCUCGUCUACGCUCCGCUACGAGCUAGGAUUUAAGCAAAGGGUCAACUUCUAUUAAGUUUUUAUUUCUGUUGCACAUAACUAUUUUGAAACUAUUAACUUGAACUAGACGCCAACUACGCGGAAGAGAGAGGAGGGCAGCAAGUUCACAAGCAGUUUGUAAUUAAUCAUUAACAAAUUCGAUGCCAAAAAAUUACCCCACACGGUCACAUUUUCUCGCAAAUUUUGGAUAACCGUAACUAAAUUGAAAGUCCUAAGUGUUCAUCAUUCACCAUCGGAAAAAAGUGUUUUUUUUUUAAUUGAUAGAAACAGCAUCAUUUUGCAAACUCGACUAACAGUCAUGCUUUUUGACGUCGUUUUCAUAUCGAUAUGAUUGACUAACGAAUAUGCAACAAAAUGUGUGAUGCGCGUGUGUGCUGUGGGAGUGGAAGUGAGAGAAAGAGGAAAACAUCGUCGCCAAAAGCUCGUUAUCACAUUUAUUUCCCACGAAAGCUCCUAUAUGCUUCACUAAAGCACACGAUACGGGGCGCUGCCGACAGUUGAGGGGUAGCUAACAAAGUGAGCGAAAAACUCGUGACUUCGUUUUCGCCCGAUGGUCGCCGAUGUGGGCAGUGUGCUUUCAUUAGAUGGGACAAGCUUUACAAUCCUACGGAGGAAAUAUUUCAAGCUAUAAGUUUUCUUUUUCGCCUGUGGAGAAAAUCUGCUUAGUUUGUUGGAGGGAAACGAGUUAAUUGUAGGCAAAAGAGUACUCGAGGUGUCGAAUAACGGACGACAGAAAAUAGAGUUAGUUAUAUUUUUCUGUUACUUAAGCUACGCUGGUCAUGCAAUGUGUAGAUGGAAACACUAUUUAGCACGGAAAGUUUGUUACUUUACACGAUUGAUGAUAAUGAUAAAGAAGAAAGAAAUUAUUUACAUUAGAUCAUAAUGCAUAGAAGAAACAACAACCAUGUAAAAACUACUUUAGUUUCGAAAAACGAUUCUUGGUUAAACCGCUAUACAGAGAAGAAACAAAAAUAAUCUGUCCAAAAAUGUUUGUGUGUGAUAAAUUGUAUGAACAAAAAAGUUUUUAUUUAAUCCCUAUUUAAGUUGAAAAAUUCGCUGUUGAAACAAAAUUUGUAGCUAGUUGCAUGGAUAGAGAGUAAGGAAAAUAAACUGUUAGCAAGCAGAGCAAUUAUUUAGAUAGAAACGUGAAAAAUGCUGGCAAUGCUAGAGGAAAGAUUAGGACGCUUAUUUUUUUACGCAGCAAAUUAGUGAACUGCUACUGUUGGCUGCUGAAACCAGAAAGCGCAAGAUAGGAGACAAUUGUUGUAUAAAGAUAUCAGGAGAAGCUGAAAAAUUAUUAAGAUAAACGUAUCUUAUGUUGUAAA